AUGUCGAACUGGAACGUGAACGCAUCCUCGUUCGUUCCCAAUGCGAACGCUCGAGCUUUCGUCCCCGGACAGCCGUACGUGCCGGAAACCGCCGCCCCAGAGCCUACUGAAGGUUGAAACAUGAAAAUUCGUUUCAAAAACGAUAGUUUUUCAGAUUGGGAAGCCGAAGCCGAUCCGUCGCCAGUGCCACCACCACAAGAAACUGCAGCUGCUCCCGAUGCGGCUCCAGUAGAAGAAGUGGCGAAAGAAGUUGCCGCUACUUCACAGAAAAAAGAGGUCAGUCCUCCGAAUUUUGACACAAGAAGGCUGGGAAAUCGUAUGAGGGUGUGAUAUCACCCUUUCAAAACCGCUGCAAUAACCAAAACGGUCUUCCGUCUCCCCUUUUCUUCUACUUUUUUCGUAAAAUUAGGCUGUCUGCGUCCGCGCUCGUUUCGCUCUCAUCGAAAAGUUUGAUCGGUCAGUGACCGACGAAGAAGCGCGAGUAUUUGCCCCUCAUUCGCUCCACCUCAAAGGUGUCGUCGCGCUCGCUGAAUGCUACUCCCAAAACAUUCCGAAUAUUACCAACUGGGCAUUCCAAAGGCAUUUUCUUUUAUUCGAAGCUUGUUCUCACAAAUCCAUGAAUUUCAGCCGUCGCCAGAAGACGACGUCAUCGCACCGCUCGCCAAGAAGUUCCAGAGAACAGUAUACGUGGACGAUGGAACUCACAAAGAGCACGUCAACAUGGUAUUCGUCGGACACGUCGAUGCCGGCAAGUCCACGAUCGGAGGACAACUAAUGUACCUGACGGGAAUGGUCGACAAGCGAACGCUCGAGAAAUACGAGCGAGAGGCGAAGGAGAAGGGACGCGAGAGUUGGUACCUUUCGUGGUGUAUGGACACGAACGACGAGGAGCGAGACAAGGGAAAGACGGUCGAGGUGGGACGCGCGUAUUUCGAGACCGAAAAACGUCACUUCACCAUCCUCGACGCUCCUGGCCACAAGUCCUUCGUGCCCAACAUGAUCGCAGGAGCCACACAAGCCGAUUUGGCCGUUCUGGUCAUCUCUGCCCGGCGUGGAGAGUUCGAGACUGGAUUCGAUCGCGGAGGUCAGACGCGUGAGCACUCGAUGCUCGUCAAGACUGCCGGAGUCAAGCAUCUCGUGAUUCUCGUCAACAAAAUGGACGAUCCGACCGUCAAAUGGGAGGAGGAGCGAUUCAAGGAGAUCGAGGGCAAGCUGACGCCGUACCUCCGCAAACUUGGAUUCAACCCGAAGACCGACAUGACCUACAUCCCGUGCUCCGGACUCACCGGCUCUUUCCUCAAAGAACGGCCUUCCGCCACCGACGGCAGCUGGUACACUGGCCCGUGCUUCAUCGAAUUCAUCGACGUCCUUCUUCCGUCCUACAAGCGCGACUUUAACGGACCCGUCAGAUGCAUCGUCGUCGAGAAGUACUCCGAAAUGGGAACAGUCAUCAUUGGAAAGAUGGAGUCCGGAUGUGUGCAGAAGGGCGACACGCUCGUCGUCAUGCCCAACAAACAGCCCGUUCAAGUGCUCCAGAUUUGGGCCGAUGACGUGGAAACCGAACGCGUCGUGGCCGGCGACAACAUCAAGUUCAAGCUGAAGGGAAUCGAAGAAAGCGAGCUGCAGGGCGGAUUCAUCAUCUGCUCGCCAGACUCCCUCGCGAAGACUGGCCGCGUCUUUGACGCCGAAGUUCUCGUCCUCGAGCACAAAUCGAUCAUCGCCUCCGGGUACUCGUGCGUUCUCCACAUUCAAUCCGCCGUCGAGGAGGUUUCUGUUAGAGUGAGUAAAUUGCCUUUUUUCGAAGCUUAAAUUUAAGUGUUUCUCUUUUUCUCCAGGGUGUCAUUGCCACAAUUGACAAGAAGACUGGCGAGAAGAAGCGCGCCAAGUUUGUGAAGCAAGACGAAAAGUGCAUUAUGCGAUUAGAGAGCGCCGAGCCGUUCGUGCUCGAGCCGUUCAAGGAGUAUCCGUACCUAGGAAGAUUCACUCUCCGAGACGAAGGAAAGACGAUUGCCAUAGGAAAAGUGCUCAAAGUGAUCGAGUAA